AUGUCGACUACACAAGAGCCGGAUAUAGCUUCACCAAAGCUAGCAGGGAAUGAAGAUGAGGCAACAGCAACAGCGACGGCGACAUGCUUUUGUGGUUCUGUCCAGUUGGCAUUUCCAACUGAGGGCCCUGGCUUAGUCAACACCUUCAUCUGUCAUUGUAAAGACUGUCAUAAGAUAACCGCAUCGAUGUUCUCGUCCUGUUUCACAAUAGCCAACUCGCACCUACAACAUGUCCGUGGGCGUGACAAUCUGAAGACAUUUGAACGAUCGCACACUAUUGCGUCGGGAAAUACGGUGACGAGUAAUUUCUGUGCAACAUGUGGUUCUUUGAUGUACCGUGUUAGCUCAGGAUAUCCGGGAAUAAGUGUGCUUCGCAUUGGCACGGUGGACGAUUUUAAUUUGCAUGAGACCAAGUUGAGACCUCAAGACGAAGCGUUUGCCGAGAGCCGUGUGCCUUGGCUGCAAGGUUUGCAUAGGGAGCCAGAGUCAAAAUAG